CACAAUUUUCUCUAUUUUUCCUGAUAAGUGAGUGCUGUGUAUUGAAGUAUCUCUCUCUAAAGAUUCUUGGACGACUCGUGCUCGUGCGUAAAAGAAAGAAAUCUCCCGUCUCCUCGUCGUUCCUGGCGAGCAGAGCAGGAGAGGGGAGGAGAUCCUGAUCUGGAAGAAGAAGGAGCUCUUCUCCGAAUUUCAGAACCCUAAACCUCAAUACAAGCAACAGUUUGUUUGUUCCCCCAAAGUACCCCCACCAAUGUCCCAAGCUGGAUCGGAAUCCGCCGCUGCCAAGGAGCCGUCGUUCAAGGAGGGCGAGAGAGUGCUCGCCUACCACGGCCCGCUCCUCUACGAGGCCAAGGUUCAAAAGUCCGAAAACAAGGAGGAUGAGUGGCGGUAUCAUGUCCAUUAUCUUGGUUGGAAUAAGAGUGCCAUAUUGUUGUCUACCACCAUGUUUGGCUGGGAUGAAUGGGUCACAAAUGAUCGCUUACUGAAAUUGACCGACGAAAAUAUCCGCAAACAACAAGAGCUUGAAAAGAGCCAAGUAGUUGACAAAAGCGUAAAAUCUGGACGGUCAGCGCAGCAUAAGCCAAAAGGCUCUAAUGCAGAUGCAAAAACUGAUAAAGAAGACACCAAGAUUAUUAUCAAGGGGAAGAAACGCAAAAGUCAGCCUGGUGGGACUGAGGAGAAAGAAAGAAAAUCAUCUGAGAGUCUCUUCAUGUCACAUUUUCCUUCAACGCUAAAAAAGCAACUUGUUGAUGAUUGGGAGUUUGUCACGCAGCUGGGUAAGCUUGUGAAGCUACCUCGGUCCCCCACGGUCGAUGAUAUUCUAAAGAAGUACUUGGAGCACCGGACAAAGAAGGAUAACAAGAUAAAUGACUCUUACGCUGAGAUUUUGAAAGGAUUGCGAUGCUACUUUGAUAAAGCAUUGCCUGCAAUGCUUUUGUAUAAGAAAGAGCGACAGCAGUACUCUGAAGAGGUUAAAGGCGAUGUUUCGCCCUCAACUAUAUAUGGAGCUGAGCAUCUACUGCGCCUUUUUGUGAAAUUGCCGGAGCUACUUGCGUCUGUCAACAUGGAAGAAGAUGCACUCAACAAACUACAGCAGAAAUUGCUGGACAUUCUCAAGUUUCUGCAGAAGAAUCAGAGUUCGUUCUUCCUUUCUGCGUAUGAUGGUGGUUCUAAAGGUACUGAUGGGAUAAAGACCAAAUAGAAGCAAACUGUUGCAUCUUGCAGCAGAAGGUUUCCUAAAAUAUGGUACACGUUGCAUUAGAGGAUGUGUCCGGCCCUGCGGUCAUCCCACAUUCGGUACGGUGGUUAUCACGAACCACGUGAAUUUCAUAUCCAAAAAGUUGAAUUCGAAAUUUUCAAAUCUUAAAGGUAAGGUCGUGGUUACUGUGCAGUUACGCACCUUUAAGCCGUGGUCUUUGGCUUGAAAAACAGAAAACCGUAACCUUGUAUUUGACAACACUAGAAAUACCAUAAUACAAUGUCACAACUACAAAGAUUGUAGCGUCAUGCCAAGAUAUAAUUAGGUCAGCCUGUUAGCAAUGAAAACCGUUGGGUCAAUGGCUUAAUGCAGCAUGUAAGCAAAUCUACUUGGGGGUUGCUCGGAUCUUUUGAGAAUCUUUAGGGGGCUCAAUGUUCGGUUUAAAA